GCGGGAGGCUCGGGCUGCGCCUCGCCGCCCCGAGGCGGGUUCGGGGGUCCCGGUGAGCCGAGGGGCCCCGCAGGCAGGUGUCGGCAUUUCGGAGGGGCGUACUCGGAGGGAGCUGCGGUGACGGCGGCCGGCGUGGAGUUCCCGUGUGGUGACUGGCGGGGAGCGCUGCGGGCGUCUCGUCAGGAGUAACCGUCGGAAAAGGGAGCGGGGUGCCGCCCGGCUCUCCCACGUUAGCUUCCGGACAGAAGAAACUUCAUUUCGUCUUCCCUGCACUGGACUGGACUGGAUUCAGCAAGCGGAGAUGCUCAACUCUAAGGCAUAGACCACAUUUUCUACUGGAAUAAAGCAACUGCAAUGGGAAAAAAUGUAUUCUCCUAGUCCCAUGUGGUCAACUUCUGAAAAGUAAAAUGACUAGGAUUAGUUCUUUUAUAAGUUCUGCAGAAAGAGCUGUUCUGAAGGUAAUAUGACAAAUAGUAGAGGAGUCCUAGAAGUAACGGUAGAGUUUGCUGCUGGAGUGCUAUGGAGGUGUAGGAAGAACAUACAUAGUUUCACUCUAACAACUGAAGACACGUGGGACAAUGCACAGUGUAUAUCCUGAUGACAUUUUGUGUGCUGUGACAUGGUCUUUGCCAUGGCGUCUGAGACUGAAAAGGCCCAUGCUCUCCUCCAAACUUUCAGCACAGCUUCAGUUAUUUCUAGUCUAGGUUUGGGAAUAUUCUGCUUUGCUGCAGACAGGCUUCUGCAGUUUUCCUUCAUUCAGCAAAACGACUGGCUCCGAGCCUUCUCUGAUAAUGCAGUGCACGGUAUACUAGGAAUGUGGUCCUGGGCGAUAGUGAUCGGACUCCGGAAGAAAAGCGACUUCACAGAAGUCACCCUGGCUGGCUUCCUUGCCUCUGUCAUCGACGUGGACCACUUCUUCCUUGCUGGCUCCCUGUCAUUAAAGGCUGCUCUCAAUCUUCCCCAGAGACCACUUCUCCACUGUUCUACUGUGAUUCCUGUUGUGGCUCUGACAUUAAAGUUUAUUAUGCACCUUUUCAGGCUUAAAGACUCAUGGUGCUUUCUUCCUUGGAUGUUGUUCAUAUCCUGGACUUCUCAUCAUGUUCGUGAUGGGAUUCGCCAUGGCCUCUGGAUCUGCCCGUUCGGAAAAACUCCUCCUUUGCCAUAUUGGCUGUAUGUGGCAAUAACAGCAUCUUUACCUCAUCUAUGUUCAUUUAUUAUGUAUUUGACAGGCACUAGAGAAUUAAUGUCUAUAAAACACGGAAUUCACAUUGAUGUAUAAGGAUGACAGGUCUGAAGUUUUUCGUAUUAGCAGUUGAAAUGAGCUGUGUUCGUCACUGAUAAGGUUUCCUUAUGUUCCCUGUUAAUUCCAAGUUAGGCGUUUGAAGCCUGUGGAGCCAGUUACAGCUCCUGUGUCAAUUCAUUGUGGUCACAGAAACCUAUUCCAUAAAUGGUAAUAAUUUCGUAUUUAUACAUUCCCCUUGAAAACUAUGUGGUCAUUAUCAUUCAUGUAUAGCUAACUAAUUUGUGAAACACUUAGUCUCUCUGUAGUAACUGUGUUACAUUUUGGUGUCAUCGUGCCAUUCAUCUGAUCACCAUUCACUCUGGAUUUGAAUUCUGGCUACGUUUCACCUAGAUAGCAUUCGUAUAGCACUUUAAAAACAUGAAGUACUAUAUAGAUGCUAAGUAUUAUAACCUAGUAGUGUGUGCCACUUCUGAAAAACAUCAGUUAGCCUCUUGAAGUGAUUUAUUUGCUUUUCUGCUGGACUCUCGUAUUCAAUUGGUUUUUUUUAAAAUGCUUUUUUUUUAUUUCAAAAAGUGAAGCUGUGAAUCUGCACCUCGUUCAACACGAAUUGCCAUAAUACAGUGUUUACACUAAAUUCUGUUCUUCUGUAGUUGCUUGGUACUCAGUUUGCAGACAAUUAGACAAUGGAAAGAAGACAGUUUGAUUACAAUAUUAUGUGUGUCAACAAAACGCUUGAUUUAAAAUACAUUAAUUAUGAGUAUUUAAUUUGGAACUAAGGAAUUCUAGUAAAUAUUUAAGGACUGUUUAAAGGCAAACGUUUAUUACAAUAAAGUGUAAGCUUUACAGAAGAUUCUGGAAGGUAUAAGAAAAUAAAAAUUGCUUAAAAUGUGA